CUUGCUGGCAUUGCUCACAGCUAUUAUACUAUAUAAUAACUUUUUUUUAUAUAUAGAUAUAGUACGGGAGUGUUUGUUCAUGAUGUUGCGUUCUAGUGGAUACUUUUGUAGAAUUGAUUGCCCUUUUGAUUUGAGAGGGUUAUGUCAACGUCCAUACUGUCAGUAUAGACAUACUAGAGGCACAGAAAACGGUGUAUUUCCCCGUUUUGCUGUUGAGGCAUCUUCUAACAGCCAGAGUGACAUAUUAGGUGGGAAGAUAGCAACAUUUAAGUGGAAGUCUGCAGAAAAUAUCAUUUCAAACUCAAGUAAACCAUUGCAGUCCAUUAUGUCUAAUGGUGGACAACAAAGUCAGGUGGAUGAUCCUAAAAGAUGUGGAUCCCCAGUAAUGGAAAAUUCAGCACAGUCUAUUUGUGCUUUAUCCUCUGUGGAGUUUGGCCCGAACAUAAAAGAGCUUGAGAGAAUUACCCGAGCAAUAGAAGCUGUGAAAACUGAAGUAAAACAAAACCAAAAGAAACUUUCUGAUUACCGUAUUUUACUGCAGAAUAACCCAAGUACUGCAGUGAUCACUGAAAAAACUGAACAGGUUGUUUCAGGGCAAGAUACAGGUUUUGAAGAAAAUUUACCAGAAUUGUCAUCUGAUUCCAAUAGUAUGACUCGUUCUUCACUGUCUGGUGCAAAAUAUAUUCUCGAGCACAGUAUGCCACUAACUGACCUUGAAUAUGAUCCACUGCUGAAUUAUUCAGCAGAGUUAUUGAAUGCAGAAACUCAAAAUGAAACUGAGAAGCAAGUGUGCAAGAACACAGCUGAGUGCAUUAAUGAAAAUGAGCAUGUAUCUUCUUGCAAAACAAAAAUGACAGGUAAUUCUGCUAACGAGUUCCAUGAUUCAGACGAAGAUGUUCUUGUCAUUGAUGCCCCACCUUUAGAAGAUACUCGCAGAAAGUAUCGAAAGCGAGCCUGUGAUAUGUACAAAAAAGGAGCUAGUUCAGAAGUACCAGAAAAGAAGGCUCUGCAUGAGACUGAUGCUCCAGAUAGUUGUUUGAAGGAUACAGGUGAAUACAAACAGCUAUCUGCACCCUAUAGAAGUUCUCCGUCAAAGAGUCCUAUUAUUCAAGACUGUUCAAAUGCAAGUCUGAAAGCAGAACUUGGAGCUGCCACAGAUAAAAGCACAGGCAGCAGUUCAUUGACCGUGGAUAUUUCUCAUGAUUCCUUAGCCAGUUUGAAAGUGAACAGUGAGGAAUGUUUGAGAAUACCAGCUUUGCAAAAACAAGCACAGGAGGCACACAUUUCUGAAGGGAGAGUCACAAGUGGUUUGUCACGUGAACACUGUAGUCAAAAUAACCGAGUUGCACUGCACUUAAAAGGUUUUACAGAACCAUCACUAAUUCCCGUGUCCUAUAAGUCUGUUAAACCUGAGCAAGUGGUAGUGAAAGAAAUGAAAGAGAUUGCUGAUAAACAAUAUAAUGCAACUAAAAAGUUCAGCCAGACCUAUACAGAUACUGCAGCCUCAAGAAAAGAAGCACCUAAUACCAAAGGAUCUAAUCUGCAUCAGCCAAAAAUUGAAAGAAUUCAGAAAAUACAGCCUGACUUGGGUAAGACAGCAAAGGACCAUAGUAAAAAAGAUCAUUCAGAUGCAGGAAGCAAAGUUACUGAAAUUAUUGUGUUGGAUGACUCCUCUGAAUCCGAAAGUAGUGAGGAAGAUGCAGAGCUGUCUGAUUCGGAUCCAAUGGAGGAGUGCCUUAGAAUUUUUAAUGAAUUUAACAGAAGUAAUAAACAGCAACAAAAUAAAGGUACAGUACAGACUUUUUCAGAUGAGCAAGGUGAAGAUGAUAAGUUAGAUCCUCAGGGUGCUCAAAGUCUGGUGCCUGGCCAAAAGAAAAGGAUUGCCCAUGUUGCAAAGUUCAAUCAAGUACAAACAAGCAGACAGAUUCUAGUUCCUGCCAGAGGACGUGCACCACAGCUUACUUGUCCAAAUCGAAUGGUUCAAGUCCAGCAGCAGGCUGCUCACUUGACAGCUGCUGUUAAAAGUGGUCAAGCAUUUGUUGCCACUACUGGCCAGAAGAAGGUAGUGGCUGGGUUAGCCUCUCCUCAGAUAUAUACUCUAGGACAGCAAGCUGUAUGCUUCAAUAUAGUGGAACAGCCUUCUCUUCCUGCAGCCACUUCUGCCAUCAGUGUUAUCUUGCAAGGGGGUACCAUAAGCUUUGCAACAAGAGCCUUAACAUCUCCUCCUGCUGCUCCAGCACCAAAAAGGAUUCCCCAUACUCAAAGCGUUAAGAAUAUUGUUAGACGAAGACCAUUGUCUGCAGAUCCAGGAUCCAAAAUACCAUAUGAUACAAGACAAAGAUAUGUGAAUUUCUUUGCUGAAGAAUACUUAAAGAUUUCAACUGUGCAGGAGGCCUUCGACAAGGCCUUGAAUGAAGAAAAAGCUGUCUAUGAUCGAAGUAGCAGCAAAAAUAUGUAUCUGACAAUAGCUGUAAACACCUUGAAAAAACUAAGGGAGCAGAAUGGCACUUUAUCUGUCAACGGUCUGCAAUGUGGUGGAAGAGACCAGAAGAAACAGGAUAAAAAUGAUUUUACAGGUCUUGCCUUGUAUAGACAUCUCCUGGAGUAUAUUUUGACAGAACAACAAUUGCAAGAAAAUGGUUACCCUCGACCCCAUCCUGAGAAGAAAGGAAUGGCUAUUUUAUACAGUGGUGUGUCAAAGGACCUUGUUGUAGACCCUCUUAAAAGGGUUUGCUGUCGUUGUGGAAAAAUCUAUACAGUGACUGGAAAAGGAAGGCAUGUUCGUAAGGAAGAAUGCAACUACCACUGGGGUAGAGUAGUAAGGCAUCGAGUCCCCGGUGGCUUAGAAACUCGCUAUAGCUGUUGUGAAGGGGUAGUUGGGUCACAGGGUUGUCAAAGUGCAAAGGCUCAUGUUCAUGAUGGACGCAAAGAAAACCCAUCAGGAUUUAUGAAGACAUUUGCAAAACUGCCAAAAGGUGACGGAAAUCCAGGAGUGUAUGCUGUAGACUGUGAGAUGUGCUAUACAACUCAUGGCCUUGAACUUGCCAGAGUGACAGUAGUCGACUCCAAUUUGCAGGUGGUCUAUGACACAUUUGUUAAACCAGACAAUGAAAUCGUAGAUUACAACACCAGAUUUUCAGGGGUUACUGAAGAAGAUUUAAAGAAUACAAAAACAUGCAUUCGUGAUGUCCAGGCAGUGCUGUUAAACUUAUUUAACAUGGAUACCAUUUUAAUUGGUCACAGUUUAGAAAGUGACUUAUUUGCUUUAAAGCUUCUUCACAGCAAAGUGGUUGAUACUUCACUUAUGUUCCCACAUCGACUGGGCUUACCAUACAAAAGAGCACUUAAAAACCUUUCUGCAGAGUACCUAAUGCGUAUUAUUCAGGAUAACUUUGGAGGCCAUGAUUCAAGAGAAGAUGCCGCUGCAUGUAUGGAACUUGUGCUGUGGAAAGUGAAGGAGGAUUCCAAAGGAAAGAAGUGAUCUACCAUUAUGUUGGACAUGAAACUCCUACUUGAUCUGUCUUCUGGAAUGUGAACUUAAUUUUCAAAUUUUCCUUCUAGCUUUAUUUAAAUGUUUUAUUUUUCAUUUUGAUUGCCUUAAAUUAUGUUAAGGGCAUAAGUUGUUAUAGUUGUGUUUAGGCGUAGCAUGUUGAAAGUGCACUUUCCAUAGCUGUCCUGAAAAUUGAAACAUAUGGAACCUGUAAAGUCAUUUUAGAAUUCUUAGGUUUUUGAUGCAUAGUUUGGUUAGAAACUACAGACAGGGCAGAUUAUGAACAUGAUGUGACAAUGCAAUAAAUAUGGUAGUGAGCAAAAUGCAUUUUCACAUGGAAAUGUGCUAUUCAUAUAUGUGUGUACUAAGUUUUGAAGAAUGAUCCAUAUUGGAAGAAUUGCAUAUCGCGUUAUUCUCUCAGUGUAAUUAGGGAAUCACAUAUAACCUCACUAAUCCUAAUUGUGAGAUUUUCAAGCUCUGCUAACUGCAGGAAAUUAGUACUUUGGUAGUGAAAUGCUGACUUUGAGAAUUAUUUGAAGGAGGUUAUUGAGCAUAUAUAGUUAACUACCCAUGUUUAAGUUAAUUAUUCUCUCAAAAAGACUGUAAAGCACUUAGAUAAUUGAAAUUAUUAUUUUUUUGUAUUUUGCAUUACUGUAACUGGAACAUUGUAACAAACAGCAGGAACUUAAUUUUGGAAAGUAGAAUGCCUAGCUCUGCAGUGUAGUUUAAUUUUGGACCACUUUAAUUUUUUAUUGAAAUGUAUACAAUGCUAAAUGUGUAGAGGCAGGCACUUUGUUUAUAACAUAUUGUGACUACAAUGGAAAACAGAAUGUAGCAUUCCUUAUAAUAUAUUUUCAAGCACUGUGGACUUGAGUAUAACUUUGAAUAUAAGAAUCGUUAAAAUAA